AUGGACGUGGACGUGGACGUGGACAUGGUCGUGGACGUGGACGUGGACGUGGACAUGGACGUGGACGUGGACAUGGACGUGGACGUGGACGUGGACGUGGACGUGGACGUGGACCUGGACGUGGACGUGGACGUGGACAUGGACGUGGACGUGGACGUGGACGUGGACGUGGACCUGGACGUGGACGUGGACGUGGACGUGGACGUGGACGUGGACGUGGACGUGGACGUGGACGUGGACGUGGACGUGGACGUGGACAUGGUCGUGGACGUGGACGUGGACGUGGACGUGGACGUGGACGUGGACGUGGACGUGGACAUGGUCGUGGACGUGGAGGUGGACGUGGACGUGGACAUGGACGUGGACGUGGACAUGGACGUGGACGUGGACGUGGACGUGGACGUGGACGUGGACGUGGACGUGGACGUGGACAUGGUCAUGGAUGUGGACGUGGACGUGGACAUCGACGUGGACGUGGACGUGGACGUGGAUGUGGACGUGGACGUGGACAUGGUCGUGGACGUGGAGGUGGACGUGGACAUGGACAUGGACGUGGACGUGGACGUGGACGUGGAAGUGGACGUGGACGUGGACGUGGACGUGGACGUGGUCGUGGACGUGGACGUGGUCGUGGAGGACGUGGACGUGGACGUAAACGUGGACGUGGUUGUGGUCAUGGACGUGGAGGACUUGGAGGUGGACGUGGACGUGGACGUGGACGUGGUCGUGGACGUGGACAUGGUCGUGGACGUGGACGUGGACGUGGACUUGGACGUGGACAUAGACGUGGACGUCGUCGUGGACGUGGACGUGGAUGUGGACUUGGACGUGGACGUGGACGUGGAGGUGGACGUGGACUUGGACGUGGACGUGGACCUGGACGUGGACGUGGUCGUGGACGUGGUCGUGGACGUAAACGUGGACGUGGACGUGGUCGUGGACGUGGAGGUGGACGUGGACGUGGUCGUGGACGUGGAGGUGGACGUGGACAUUGACAUGGACGUGGUCGUGGACGUGGACGUGGACGUGGACGUGGUCGAGGACAUGGUCGUGGACGUGGACGUGGACGUGGACGUGGACAUGGUCGUGGACGUGGACGUGGACGUGGACGUGGACAUGGACGUGGACGUGGACGUGGUCAUGGACAUGGACGUGGACGUGGACAAGGAUGUGAACGUGGACGUGGUCGUGGUCGUGGACGUGGACGUGGUCAUGGACGUGGACCUGGACGUGGUCAUGGACGUGGUCUUGGACGUGGUCGUGGUCGUGGACGUGGACCUGGACGUGGUCGUGGACGUGGUCUUGGACGUGGACGUGGACGUAGACGUGGUCAUGGACGUGGUCGUGGACGUGGACGUGGACGUGGACGUGGACGUGGACUUGGACGUGGUCGUGGACGUGGACGUGGACGUGGAAGUGGACUUGGACGUGGACGUGGACGUGGACGUAGACGUGGUUGUGGACGUGGUCGUGGACGUGGACAAGGACGUGGACAUGGACGUGGACAUGGACGUGGACUUGGACGUGGACGUGGACAUGGACGUGGACGUGGACGUGGACGUGGACAUGGACGUGGACGUGGACAUGGACGUGGACGUGGACGUGGACAUGGACGUGGACGUGGACGUGGACAUGGUCGUGGACGUGGUCGUGGACGUGGACGUGGACGAGGACGUGGACGUGGACGUGGACAUGGACGAGGACAUGGACGUGGACGUGGAGGUGGACGUGGACGUGGACGUGGACGUGGACGUGAACGUGGAUGUGGACGUGGACGUGGACGUGGACGUGGACUUGGACGUGGACGUGGACGUGGACAUGGACAUGGAUGUGGACGUGGUCGUGGUCGUGGACGUGGACGUGGACGUGGACAUGGACGUGGACGUGGUCGUGGACGUGGACGUAGACGUGGACGUGGUCGUAGACAUGGACGUAGACUUGGACGUGGACGUGGACGUGGUCGUGGUCGUGGACGUGGUCGUGGACGUGGUCGUGGACGUGGACGUGGUCGUGGACGUAAACGUGCACGUGGACGUGGUCGUGGACGUGGACGUGGACGUGGACGUGGACUUGGAUGUGGACGUGGUCGUGGACGUGGACGUGGUUGUGGUCGUGGACGUGGACGUGGACGUGGUCGUGGACGUGGACGUGGACGUGGACCUGGACGUGGACGUGGACGUGGACGUGGACGUGGACGUGGACCUGGACGUGGUCAUGGACGUGGACGUGGACGUGGACAUGGACGUGGACGUGGACGUGGACGUGGACGUAGACGUGGUCGUGGACGUGGACGUAGACGUGGACGUGGACGUGGACGUGGACAUGGACGUGGACGUGGACGUAGACAUGGACCUGGACAUGGACGUGGACGUGGACGUGGACAUGGACGUGGACGUGGACGUGGACGUGGACGAGGACGUGGACGUGGACAAGGACCUGGACAUGGAGGUGGACAUGGACAUGGACGUGGAGGUGGACGUGGACGUGGACGUGGACGUGGACGGGGACGUGGACGUGGACGUGGACGUGGACAUGGACGUGGAGGUGGACGUGGACGUGGACAUGGACGUGGACGUGGACAUGGACAUGGACGUGGACGUGGACGUGGACGUGGACAUGGACGUGGACGUGGACGUGGACAUGGACGUGGACAUGGACGUGGACGUGGACGUGGACGUGGACCUGGACGUGGACGUGGACGUGGAAGUGGACGUGGACGUGGACGUGGACGUGGUCGUGGACGUGGACGUGGUCGUGGAGGACGUGGACGUGGACGUAAACGUGGACGUGGACGUGGUCAUGGACGUGGAGGACUUGGAGGUGGACGUGGACAUGGACGUGGACGUGGUCGUGGACGUGGACAUGGUCGUGGACGUGGACGUGGACGUGGACUUGGACGUGGACAUGGACGUGGACGUCGUCGUGGACGUGGACGUGGAUGUGGACUUGGACGUGGACGUGGACGUGGAGGUGGACGUGGACUUGGACGUGGACGUGGACCUGGACGUGGACGUGGUCGUGGACGUGGUCGUGGACGUAAACGUGGACGUGGACGUGGUCGUGGACGUGGAGGUGGACGUGGACGUGGUCGUGGACGUGGAGGUGGACGUGGAUAUUGACGUGGACGUGGUCGUGGACGUGGACGUGGACGUGGACGUGGUCGAGGACGUGGUCGUGGACGUGGACGUGAACGUGGACAUGGUCGUGGACGUGGACGUGGACGUGGACGUGGACGUGGACAUGGACGUGGACGUGGACGUGGUCAUGGACAUGGACGUGGACGUGGACAAGGAUGUGAACGUGGACGUGGUCGUGGACGUGGACGUGGUCAUGGACGUGGAUGUGGACGUGGACGUGGUCAUGGACAUGGACGUGGUCGUGGUCGUGGACGUGGACCUGGACGUGGUCGUGGACGUGGUCUUGGACGUGGACGUGGACAUAGACGUGGUCGUGGACGUGGACGUGGACGUGGACGUGGUCGUGGACGUCGACGUGGACGUGGACGUGGACGUGGACGUGGACUUGGACGUGGUCGUGGACGUGGACGUGGACUUGGACGUGGACGUGGACGUAGACGUGGUUGUGGACGUGGUCGUCGACGUGGAGGUGGACGUGGACAUGGACGUGGACAUGGACGUGGACAUGGACGUGGACAUGGACGUGGACUUGGACGUGGACGUGGACAUGGACGUGGACGUGGACGUGGACGUGGACAUGGACGUGGACGUGGACAUGGACGUGGACGUGGACGUGGACAUGGACGUGGACGUGGACGUGGACAUGGUCGUGGACGUGGUCGUGGACGUGGACGUGGACGUGGACGUGGACGUGGACAUGGACGUGGACGUGGACGUGGACGUGGAGGUGGACAUGGACGUGGACGUGGACGUGGACGUGGACGUGGACUUGGACGUGGACGUGGACGUGGACAUGGACAUGGAUGUGGACGUGGUCGUGGACAUGGACGUGGUCGUGGACGUGGACGUGGACCUCGACGUGGUCGUGGACGUGGACGUGGACGUGGUCGUGGACGUGGACGGGGACGUGGACAUGGAGGACGUGGACGUGGAGGACGUGGACGUGGACGUGGAGGACGUGGACGUGGACGUGAACGUGGACUUGGUCGUGGACGUGGACGUUGACGUGGACGUGGAUGUGGACGUGGCCGUAGACGUGGAGGACUUGGACGUGGACAUGGACGUGGACGUGCUUGUGGACGUGGACGUGGACGUGGACAUGGACGUGGACGUGGUCGUGGACGUGGACGUAGACGUGGACGUGGUCGUAGACAUGGACGUAGACAUGGACGUGGACGUGGACGUGGUCGUGGACGUGGAGGAUUUGGACGUGGUCGUGGACGUGGAUGUUGACGUGGUCGUGGACGUGGACGUGGUCGUGGACGUGGAGGACUUGGACGUGGACAUGGAUGUGGAUGUGGACGUGGUCGUGGACGUGGUCGUGUACGUGGACGUGGUCCUGGUCGUGGACGUGGUCGUGUACGUGGACGUGGUCCUGGUCGUGGACGUGGUCGUAGACGUGGACGUGGACAUGGAUGUGGACGUGGACGUGGACGUGGACGUGGACGUGGACGUGGACAUGGACGUGGAUGUGGACGUGGACGUGGACGUGGACGUGGACGUGGACAUGGACGUGGACAUGGACGUGGACGUGGACGUGGACGUGGACGUAGACAUGGACGUGGACGUGGACAUGGACGUGGACGUGGACGUGGACGUAUACGUGGACGUGGACAUGGACAUGGACGUGGACGUGGACGUGGAUGUGGACUUGGACGUGGACAUGGACGUGGACAUAGACGUGGACGUGGACGUGGACGUGGACGUGGACGUGGACGUGGACGUGGACAGGGACGUGGACGUGGACGUGGACAUGGACGUGGACGUGGACGUGGACGUGGACGUGGACGUGGUCGUGGACGUGGACGUGGACGUGGACGUGGACGUGGACGUGGACGUGGACAUGGACGUGGACGUGGACGUGGACGUGGACGUGGACGUGGACGUGGACGUGGACGUAAACGUGGACAUGGACGUGGACGUGGACGUGGACGUGGACGUGGACGUGGUCGUGGACGUGGACAUGGACGUGGACGUGGUCGUGGACGUGGACGUGGACGUAGACGUGGACGUGGACAUGGACGUGGACGUGGUCGUGGACGUGGACGUGGACAUGGACGUGGACGUGGUCGUGGACGUGGACGUGGACGUGGACGUGGACGUGGACAUGGACGUGGACGUGGACGUGGACAUGGACGUGGAAGUGGACGUGGACGUGGACGUGGACGUGGACAUGGACGUGGACGUGGACGUGGACGUGGACGUGGACGUGGACGUGGACGUGGACGUGGACGUAGACGUGGACGGGGACGUGGACGUGGACGUGGACGUGGACAUCGACGUGGACGGGGACGUGGACGUGGACGUGGACGUGGACGUGGACGUAGACGUGGACGGGGACGUGGACGUGGACGUGGACGUGGACAUGGACGUGGACGUGGACAUGGACGUGGACGUUGACGUGGACAUGGACGUGGACGUGGACGUGGUCGUGGACGUGGACGUGGACGUGGACCUGGACGUGGACGUGGACGUGGACGUGGACGUGGACGUGGACGUGGACGUGGACGUGGACGUGGACGUGGACAUGGACGUGGACGUGGACGUGGACAUGGACGUGGACGUGGAUGUGGACGUGGACGUGGACGUAGACGUGGACGUGGACAUGGACGUGGACGUGGUCGUGGACGUGGACGACGUGGACGUGGUGGACGUGGACGUGGACGUGGUCGUGGACGUUGACGUGGACGUGGACGUGGUCGUAGACGUGGAGGACUUGGACAUGGACAUGGACAUGGACGUGGACGUGGAUGUUAUCGUGGACGUGGACGUGGACAUGGACGUGGACGUGGACGUGGACGUGGUCGUGGACGUUGACGUGGACGUGGACGUGGUCGUAGAUGUGGAGGACUUGGACAUGGACAUGGACGUGGACGUGGACGUUAUUGUGGAUGUGGACGUAGACGUGGACGUGGUCGUGGUCGUCCACGACGUGGACUUGGACGUGGACGUGGUCGUGGACGUGGACGUGGACGUGGACGUGGACGUGGACGUGGACGUGGACAUGGACGUCAACGUGGACGUAGACGUGGACGUGGUCUUGGACGUGGACAUGGUCGUGGACGUGGACAUGGACGUGGACGUGCACGUGGACGUGGACGUGGUCGUGGACGUGGACAUGGUCGUGGACGUGGACGUGGACGUGGUCGUGGACGUGGAGGAUUUGGACGUGGUCGUGGACGUAGAUGUUGACGUGGUCGUGGACGUGGACGUGGUUGUGGACGUGGACGUGGACGACGUGGACGUAGUGGACGUGGACGUGGACGUGGAGGACGUGGACGUGGACGUGGACGUGGACGUGGUCGUGGACGUUGACGUGGACGUGGACGUUGACGUAGACGUGGACAUGGACGUGGACGUGGACCUGGACCUGGAUGUGGACAUGGAUGUGGACGUGGACGUGGACAUGGACAUGGACGUGGACGUGGACGUGGACGUGGACGUGGACGUGGACGUGGACGUGGACGUGGACAUGGACGUGGACGUGGACGUAGACGUGGAUGUGGACAUAGACGUGGACGUGGACGUGGACAUGGACGUGGACGUGGACUUGGACGUGGACGUGGACGUGGACGUGGACGUGGACGUGGACGUGGACGUGGACGUGGACAUGGACGUAGACGUGGACAUGGACGUAGAUGUGGACAUGGAGAUGGACGUGGACGUGGACGUGGACAUGGAGAUGGACGUGGACGUGGACAUGGACGUGGACGUGGACAUGGACGUGGACGUGGACGUGGACGUGGACGUGGACAUGGACGUGGACAUGGACGUGGACAUGGACGUGGACAUGGACGUGGACGUGGACAUGGACGUGGACGUGGACAUGGACGUGGACGUGGACGUGGACAUGGACAUGGACGUGGACGUGGACAUGGACGUGGACAUGGACGUGGACAUGGACGUGGACGUGGACGUGGACGUGAACGUGGACGUGGACGUAGACGUGGACAUGGACCUGGACGUGGACAUGGACGUGGACAUGGACGUGGACGUGGACAUGGACGUGGACAUGGACGUGGACGUGGACGUGGAGGACUUGGACGUGGACAUGGACGUGGACGUGGACGUGGACGUGGACAUGGACGUGGACGUGGAUGUGGACGUGGACGUGGACGUGGACAUGGACGUGGACAUGGACGUGGACGUGGACAUGGACGUGGACGUGGACGUGGACGUAGACGUGGACAUGGACGUGGACGUGGUCGUGGACGUGGACGUGGACGACGUGGACGUGGUGGACGUGGACGUGGACGUGGUCGUGGACGUUGACGUGGACGUGGUCGUAGACGUGGAGGACUUGGACAUGGACAUGGACAUGGACGUGGACGUUAUCGUGGACGUGGACGUGGACGUGGACGUGGACAUGGACGUGGACGUGGUCGUGGACGUUGACGUGGACGUGGAUGUGGUCGUAGACGUGGAGGACUUGGACAUGGACAUGGACGUGGACGUGGACGUUAUCGUGGACGUGGACGUAGACGUGGACGUGGUCGUGGUCGUCCACGACGUGGACUUGGACGUGGACGUGGUCGUGGAAGUGGACGUGGACGUGGACGUGGUCGUGGACGUGGACGUGGACAUGGUCGUGGACGUGGACGUGGACGUGGACAUGGACAUGGACGUGGACGUGGACGUGAACGUGGACGUGGACGUAGACGUGGACAUGGACGUGGACGUGGACGUGGACGUGGACGUGGACAUGGUCGUGGACGUGGACGUGGACGUGGACCUGGACGUGGACGUGGACGUGGACGUGGACGUGGACGUGGACGUGGACAUGGACGUGGUCGUGGACGUGGACGUGGACGUGGACGUGGACGUGGACGUGGACGUGGACGUGGACAUGGACGUGGACGUGGACGACUUGGACGUGGACGUGGACGUGGACGUGGACGUGGACAUGGACGUGGACGUGGAUGUGGACGUGGACGUGGACGUGGACAUGGACGUGGACAUGGACGUGGACGUGGACAUGGACGUGGACGUGGACGUGGACGUAGACGUGGACGUGGACAUGGACGUGGACGUGGUCGUGGACGUGGACGUGGACGACGUGGACGUGGUGGACGUGGACGUGGACGUGGACGUGGUCGUGGACGUUGACGUGGACGUGGUCGUAGACGUGGAGGACUUGGACAUGGACAUGGACAUGGACGUGGACGUUAUCGUGGACGUGGACGUGGACGUGGACGUGGACGUGGACAUGGACGUGGACGUGGUCGUGGACGUUGACGUCGACGUGGAUGUGGUCGUAGACGUGGAGGACUUGGACAUGGACAUGGACGUGGACGUGGACGUUAUCGUGGACGUGGACGUAGACGUGGACGUGGACAUGGACGUGGACGUGGACGUAGACGUGGACGUGGACAUGGACGUGGACGUGGACAUGGACGUGGACGUGGACAUGGACAUGGACGUGGACAUGGACAUGGACGUGGACGUGGACGUGAACGUGGACGUGGACGUAGACGUGGACAUGGACCUGGACGUGGACAUGGACGUGGACAUGGACGUGGACGUGGACAUGGACGUGGACAUGGACGUGGACGUGGACGUGGAGGACUUGGACGUGGACAUGGACGUGGACGUGGACGUGGACGUGGACGUGGACAUGGACGUGGACGUGGAUGUGGACAUGGACGUGGACAUGGACAUGGACGUGGACAUGGACGUGGACGUGGACAUGGACGUGGACGUGGACGUGGACGUAGACGUGGACGUGGACAUGGACGUGGACGUGGUCGUGGACGUGGACGUGGACGACGUGGACGUGGUGGACGUGGACGUGGACGUGGACGUGGUCGUGGACGUUGACGUGGACGUGGUCGUAGACAUGGAGGACUUGGACAUGGACAUGGACAUGGACGUGGACGUUAUCGUGGACGUGGACGUGGACGUGGACGUGGACGUGGACGUGGACGUGGACAUGGACGUGGACGUGGUCGUGGACGUUGACGUGGACGUGGAUGUGGUCGUAGACGUGGAGGACUUGGACAUGGACAUGGACGUGGACGUGGACGUUAUCGUGGACGUGGACGUAGACGUGGACGUGGUCGUGGUUGUCCACGACGUGGACUUGGACGUGGACGUGGUCGUGGAAGUGGACGUGGACGUGGACGUGGUCGUGGACGUGGACGUGGACAUGGUCGUGGACGUGGACGUGGACGUGGACAUGGAUAUGGACGUGGACGUGGACGUGAACGUGGACGUGGACAUGGACGUAGACGUGGACGUGGACGUAGACGUGGACGUGGACGUGGACAUGGUCGUGGACGUGGACGUGGACGUGGACAUGGACGUGGACGUGGACGUGGACGUGGACCUGGACGUGGACGUGGACAUGGACGUGGUCGUGGACGUGGACGUGGACGUGGACGUGGACGUGGACGUGGACGUGGACGUGGACAUGGACGUGGACGACUUGGACAUGGACAUGGACAUGGACGUGGACAUUAUCGUGGACGUGGACGUGGACGUGGACGUGGACGUGGACCUGGACGUGGACGUGGUCGUGGACGUUGACGUGGACGUGGAUGUGGUCGUAGACGUGGAGGACUUGGACAUGGACAUGGACGUGGACGUGGACGUGGACGUAGACGUGGACGUGGACAUGGACGUGGACGUGGUCGUGGACGUGGACGUGGACGACGUGGACGUGGUGGACGUGGACGUGGACGUGGACGUGGACAUGGACGUGGACGUGGACAUGGACGUGGACGUGGACAUGGACAUGGACAUGGACGUGGACAUGGACAUGGACGUGGACGUGGACGUGAACGUGGACGUGGACGUAGACGUGGACAUGGACCUGGACGUGGACAUGGACGUGGACAUGGACGUGGACGUGGACAUGGACGUGGACAUGGACGUGGACGUGGACGUGGAGGACUUGGACGUGGACGUGGACGUGGACGUGGACGUGGACAUGGACGUGGACGUGGAUGUGGACGUGGACGUGGACGUGGACAUGGACGUGGACAUGGACGUGGACGUGGACAUGGACGUGGACGUGGACGUGGACGUAGACGUGGACGUGGACAUGGACGUGGACGUGGUCGUGGACGUGGACGUGGACGACGUGGACGUGGUGGACGUGGACGUGGACGUGGACGUGGACGUUGACGUGGACGUGGUCGUAGACGUGGAGGACUUGGACAUGGACAUGGACAUGGACGUGGACGUUAUCGUGGACGUGGACGUGGACGUGGACGUGGACGUGGACGUGGACAUGGACGUGGACGUGGUCGUGGACGUUGACGUUGACGUGGAUGUGGUCGUAGACGUGGAGGACUUGGACAUGGACAUGGACGUGGACGGGGACGUUAUCGUGGACGUGGACGUAGACGUGGACGUGGACAUGGACGUGGACGUGGACGUAGACGUGGACGUGGACAUGGACGUGGACGUGGACAUGGACGUGGACGUGGACAUGGACAUGGACGUGGACAUGGACAUGGACGUGGACGUGGACGUGAACGUGGACGUGGACGUAGACGUGGACAUGGACCUGGACGUGGACAUGGACGUGGACAUGGACGUGGACGUGGACAUGGACGUGGACAUGGACGUGGACGUGGACGUGGAGGACUUGGACGUGGACAUGGACGUGGACGUGGACGUGGACGUGGACAUGGACGUGGACGUGGAUGUGGACGUGGACGUGGACAUGGACAUGGACGUGGACAUGGACGUGGACGUGGACAUGGACGUGGACGUGGACGUGGACGUAGACGUGGACGUGGACAUGGACGUGGACGUGGUCGUGGACGUGGACGUGGACGACGUGGACGUGGUGGACGUGGACGUGGACGUGGACGUGGUCGUGGACGUUGACGUGGACGUGGUCGUAGACAUGGAGGACUUGGACAUGGACAUGGACAUGGACGUAGACGUUAUCAUGGACGUGGACGUGGACGUGGACGUGGACGUGGACGUGGACAUGGACGUGGACGUGGUCGUGGACGUUGACGUGGACGUGGAUGUGGUCGUAGACGUGGAGGACUUGGACAUGGACAUGGACGUGGACGUGGACGUUAUCGUGGACGAGGACGUAGACGUGGACGUGGUCGUGGUUGUCCACGACGUGGACUUGGACGUGGACGUGGUCGUGGAAGUGGACGUGGACGUGGACGUGGUCGUGGACGUGGACGUGGACAUGGUCGUGGACGUGGACGUGGACGUGGACAUGGACAUGGACGUGGACGUGGACGUGAACGUGGACGUGGACAUGGACGUAGACGUGGACGUGGACGUAGACGUGGACGUGGACGUGGACGUGGACAUGGUCGUGGACGUGGACGUGGACGUGGACAUGGACGUGGACGUGGACGUGGACGUGGACUUGGACGUGGACGUGGACAUGGACGUGGUCGUGGACGUGGACGUGGACGUGGACGUGGACGUGGACGUGGACGUGGACAUGGACGUGGACGACUUGGACAUGGACAUGGACAUGGACGUGGACAUUAUCGUGGACGUGGACGUGGACGUGGACGUGGACGUGGACCUGGACGUGGACGUGGUCGUGGACGUUGACGUGGACGUGGAUGUGGUCGUAGACGUGGAGGACUUGGACAUGGACAUGGACGUGGACGUGGACGUUAUCGUGGACGUGGACGUAGACGUGGACGUGGUCGUGGUCGUCCACGACGUGGACUUGGACGUGGACGUGGUCGUGGAAGUGGACGUGGAUGUGGACGUGGUCGUGGAUGUGGACGUGGACAUGGUCGUGGACGUGGACGUGGACGUGGACAUGGACAUGGACGUGGACGUGGACGUGAACCUGGACGUGGACGUAGACGUGGACGUGGACGUGGACGUGGACGUGGACGUGGACGUGGACGUGGACGUGGACAUGGACGUGGUCGUGGACGUGGACGUGGACGUGGACGUGGACGUAGACGUGGACGUGGACGUGGACGUGGACGACUUGGACGUGGACAUGGACGUGGAUGUGGACGUGGUCGUGGACGUGGUCGUGUACGUGGACGUGGUCCUGGUCGUGGACGUGGUCGUAGACGUGGACGUGGACAUGGAGGUGGACGUGGACGUGGACGUGGACGUGGACGUGGACGUGGACGUGGACGUGGACGUGGACGUGGACAUGGACGUGGACAUGGACGUGGACGUGGACGUGGACGUAGACAUGGACGUGGACGUGGACAUGGACGUGGACGUGGACGUAUACGUGGACGUGGACAUGGACAUGGACGUGGACGUGGACGUGGAUGUGGACUUGGACGUGGACAUGGACGUGGACAUAGACGUGGACGUGGACGUGGACGUGGACGUGGACGUGGACAGGGACGUGGACGUGGACGUGGACAUGGACGUGGACGUGGACGUGGACGUGGACGUGGACGUGGUCGUGGACGUGGACGUGGACGUGGACGUGGUCGUGGACGUGGACGUGGACGUGGACGUGGAUGUGGACGUGGACGUGGACGUGGACGUGGACAUGGACGUGGACGUGGACGUGGACGUAAACGUGGACAUGGACGUGGACGUGGACGUGGACGUGGACGUAGACGUGGACGUGGACGUGGUCGUGGACGUGGACGUGGACAUGGACGUGGACGUGGUCGUGGACGUGGACGUGGACGUAGACGUGGACGUGGACAUGAACGUGGACGUGGACGUGGACAUGGACGUGGACGUGGACGUGGACGUGGACGUGGACGGGGACGUGGACGUGGACGUGGACAUGGACGUGGACGGGGACGUGGACGUGGACGUGGACGUGGACAUGGACGUGGACGUGGACGUGGACGUGGACGUGGACGUGGACGUGGACAUGGUCGUGGACAUGGUCGUGGACGUGGACGUGGACGUGGUCGUGGACGUGGACGUGGACGUGGACAUGGACGUGGACGUGGACGUGGACGUGGACGUGGAAGUGGACGUGGACGUGGACGUGGACGUGGACAUGGACGUGGACGUGGACGUGGACGUAGACGUGGACGUGGACAUGGACGUGGACGUGGUCAUGGACGUGGACGACGUGGACGUGGUGGACAUGGACGUGGACGUGGUCGUGGACGUUGACGUGGACGUGGACGUGGUCGUAGACGUGGAGGACUUGGAUAUGGACAUGGACAUGGACGUGGACGUGGACGUUAUCGUGGACGUGGACGUGGACGUGGACGUGGUCGUGGACGUUGACGUGGACGUGGACGUGGUCGUAGAUGUGGAGGACUUAGACAUGGACAUGGACGUGGACGUGGACGUUAUUGUGGAUGUGGACGUAGACGUGGACGUGGUCGUGGUCGUCCACGACGUGGACUUGGACGUGGACGUGGUCGUGGACGUGGACGUGGACGUGGACGUGGACGUGGACAUGGACGUCAACGUGGACGUAGACGUGGACGUGCUCGUGGACGUGGACAUGGUCGUGGACGUGGACAUGGACGUGGACGUGCACGUGGACGUGGACGUGGUCGUGGACGUGGACAUGGUCGUGGACGUGGACGUGGACGUGGUCGUGGACGUGGAGGAUUUGGACGUGGUCGUGGACGUGGAUGUUGAGGUGGUCGUGGACGUGGACGUGGUCGUGGACGUGGACGUGGACGACGUGGACGUAGUGGACGUGGACGUGGACGUGGAGGACGUGGACGUGGACGUGGACGUGGACGUGGUCGUGGACGUUGACGUGGACGUGGACGUUGACGUGGACGUGGUUGAGGACGUGGACGUGGAUGUGGACGUGGACAUGGACGUGGACGUGGACCUGGACCUGGACGUGGACAUGGACGUGGACGUGGACAUGGACGUGGACGUGGACGUGGACGUGGACAUGGACGUGGACAUGGACGUGGACGCGGACGUGGACAUGGACGUGGACGUGGACGUGGACGUGGACGUGGAUGUGGACAUGGACGUGGACGUGGACGUGGACGUGGACGUGGACGUGGACUUGGACGUGGACUUGGACGUGGACGUGGACGUGGACGUGGACGUGGACGUGGACGUGGACUUGGACGUGGACGUGGACGUGGACGUGGACGUGGACGUAGACGUGGACGUGGACAUGGAGAUGGACGUGGACGUGGACGUGGACAUGGACGUGGACGUGGACGUGGACGUGGACGUGGACGUGGACAUGGACGUGGACGUGGACAUGGACGUGGACGUGGACGUGGACGUAGACGUGGACAUGGACAUGGACGUGGACGUGGACGUGGACGUGGACGUGGACAUGGACGUGGACAUGGACGUGGACGUGGACGUGGACGUGGACGUGGACGUGGACAUGGACGUAAACGUGGACAUGGACGUGGACGUGGACGUGGACGUGGACGUUGACGUGGACGUGGACAUGGACGUGGACGUGGUCGUGGACGUGGACGUGGACGACGUGGACAUGGUGGACGUGGACGUCGACGUGGAGGACGUGGACGUCGACGUGGACGUGGUCGUGGACGUUGACGUGGACGUGGACGUUGACGUGGACGUGGUUGUGGACGUGGACGUGGACGUGGACAUGGACGUGGACGUGGACGUGGACAUGGACGUGGACGUGGACGUGGACAUGGACGUGGACGUGGACGUGGACGUGAACGUGGACAUAGACGUGGACGUGGACGUGGACGUGGACGUGGACGUGGACAUGGACGUGGAUGUGGACGUGGACGUGGACGUGGACGUGGACGUGGUCGUGGACGUGGACGUAGACGUGGACGUGGACGUGGAUGUGGACCUGGACGUGGACGUGGACGUGGACGUGGACAUGGACGUGGACGUGGACGUGGACGUGGACGUGGACAUGGACGUGGACGUGGACGUGGACGUGGACGUGGACGUGGACAUAGACGUGGACGUGGACGUGGACGUGGACGUGGACGUGGACGUGGACAUGGACGUGGACGUGGACGUGGACGUGGACGUGGACGUGGACGUGGACGUGGACGUGGACGUGGACAUGGACGUGGACAUGGACGUGGACGUGGACAUGGACGUGGACAUGGACGUGGACGUGGACGUGGACAUGGACAUGGACGUGGACGUGUGGACAUGGAC